AUGGGUGUCGGUAUUGCAAUAGCGGCAGUUGCCAUUCCAGCCACUUUAGCAAGUGACGUCGCCUUCUCUGUCGAAGAAGACAAGAAGCAAAAGGAACUGCAAUCAGCCAUCAAAAGUGCACAGACCGCCAUCGAUCACGCCAACGAUUUCUACCAGAAUGUAUACAAGAUCGUUAAAACUCGGCUCGACCAUUUGAAGCAGAGCAUGAGGAAACUACCAACUGAUGUUGUGAACAAACUUAAUGACGAACUGCAGUUGAACCUGAGCAAUCCCAGCAAAGUUAUCAAAGACGUUGGCCUGGCCCUAAACAUCACACAAACUACAGUUGGGGUGGUUGGCCUUGUCUCCUAUGGCCUGACCAGCGCUGGAAUAGCUGCAGCCGAUGGAAUCGUUGCUGAUAUAGGAGCUAUAGCCGGGGCAGCAGGUGCCGCCCUGGCCGUGGCCGGCUUUGGUUUGACGCUGUACACAGGAAUAACAGCGCUGAACAAACUGAACGACGCUAUACAUAAAGUGAACGGUAAACGACAACAAGCUGAAGACGCCAUGACGAAAAUGAAGAAGUCUCUUGAUGGUCUUCUCUCUGCACUGGGAAUGAGGGUUGGAAGUUAUGAAACCCUUAGAGACAUCUCCAAUGACUGGGCCACUCUCGCUGCAAACUUCGACAAGUACGCGACCGCAUUUUACUACGCCAUGACAGGAUUCGCCAUGAAGAAAACCCAGGCACAAGUGAAUGCUUUCCUUAAAGCAAGGCAUUGCCCCACAUUGAAGGACGACGUACUGGUCUUGGCAAAUCUGAUUCAAGAAAACAUCCUAAAAAUGAUGAAAAAUGGGAACACCGAUGAACAAAUAAUCAAUUUCUAUGCAAAAAACAACCCUAAGGAAGGACUCCGUUUUGUGAUGGACCCAUACUUUGUCAGCACACUCCGAUCUUUUAUAAAGUAACCUUCAAUGCUUUGCCAGCUAAAAAAUAUUCAUCUUAACUGUAAUCUUACGAUAAACCUAAGUUUUUUAAAAAACAGAAACCUUCUGAUAGUUAAGUUUCUCCAGGCUUGAUAUCGAACGAGAGUAAUCUUGUGUCAGGUUUAAAAUUAAUAAAACACUUCAAAUCAAUGAGAGAAGAUUUAAGUUGUUAUUUCAUUAUUUGAGAGGAAAGAAUUGUCGCAGACCGCAGGUUAUGCUUAAGUCUUCAAAACUCUUUGCGGAGAAGCUCGAUCUCGGCUCGAUGUACAGCGGCUGUUCGGGAA